AUGGCCAACGAUCCCUUCACAACACACCACCACUACCUACAAGCCCACCUCUCCCCCAACCCCGCAGACUACCGCACCGGCCUCUUACUCUACCGACAUACCCCACGGCCCCUGCGACGCACACACCUGGGCGCAAGCUACAUGGAACACCCAGUAUAA